AUAUAUAUGUAAAGUAAAAUACUAUACUAUUUUCUUUAAUUUUUAGUUUGAAUGAAACCUAUUUUAUUUUAUUUUAUGAAACUAUUUUGUUUGUGGUAAAUGUGACAUUGGGUGUCAAGAUUAUUUUUUCUAUUAAAGAAAAGAUGGAUGUUAUUUUAGUUAAAUAUUUCUUUAUUUAAAAUGUAACUCACAAUUGUGAAGAAAGAGAUAUCUAAGAAUAAACUUUAAUUGUCGUUUCUUCAUUUACAGAGCAACGCAAGUUUAUUCUUCAAACCUAUAAUUAGAGAAUAAUCUUAUAAAACGACAAUCUUGUUUAUUGAAAUACCUAAAUAAAUAAAGCAAAAUAUGGAUCAGCUACGUUUCGAAUUUGCUUUAAUGCCAGCGAGUGAUGGGAAAUCAAAUGUCUGUUGUGUAACCUCAAUAACAACAAAAGAUGAAAAAGUGUUUGUUAUACCGGAAGAACUACAGUCUGUUAGUCUUCAUAAAGAGUUAAUAAAGACAGCUGCGUAUAAUAAAGUGAAAAAUAGUUUAAAGAAAAGACAUCAAACGAGAAAAGUUUGGAUGACAAUGUCAGAUGAACUAAGAAAAGUAUACAUAGAUGAAGAUGGUAAUUUACAAUUUGGAGAGCAAUAUCUAGAAGAAAUUGAACAAAAGCAAACAUCUGGAGGGUUAGAAAAAAAUACAGAUUCAUUGGAAAAAUUAUUUGCAAAAUUGAUUGAGAACACGCAAGAUCAAAAAAAACAGAAUCUAAAAUAUAUUGCAGAGAAGUUUGUGAUUGAAAAAUUUACAAGUAAAAAUACAAACCCAAACCAAUGGAUUGAUAUUUUUGAAAAAGAAUGUUUGCGUUUUGACAUUUUGGAAGAUGAGAAAAAAAUUGAAAUACUAAGACUAUUCAUGGACAAAAGUUGUGUUGAUUGGUACAGUUCUAUGAUUAUAAAGUUAACACUAAACUCUGACUGGCAGAUAUGGAAAAAUAAGUUCUGUGAAUCAUUUGCGAAUCAAGGCUGGAACCAAGUGACUUAUGCCCUUUUUUUUAAAUACAAGGAUGGUUCAUUGGUGGACUAUGCUAUUAAAAAGGAAAAACUUAUUCUGGACAUGAGAAGAUCAAUAGAUACAGGUACGCUGGUGGAUUUAAUUGCUGCAGGUUUACCUGGAUUUGUGCGGGAGAAGAUAAAUAGAGAAGCAAUGAAGGAUACAGUAGACCUAUUCAAUGAAGUGAGAAAGUAUGAACAUUUGGUAAAUAAAAAUAGGAAUGGGGUCUAUAGGAAAUUCGAAAAUCAAAAGAUAAAUAACAAAAUUGAGGAACGUACUCCAUGCAAAACAUGCGAAAAGCUUAAUAAAGGUACUCGUUACCACCCCGAAGCUGCAUGCUGGUUUAAGGUUAAAGAUGACAAUACAUUUGAUAGAAAAUCUAUAAGGCAUGUGAAUAAUUCAGUGAUUGAAGCAGAGUUAAAUGAAAACGAACAAAAAAACUAAUAGUAACACCAUUAAUAAGAGUCAAACUACUAAUAAAUGAUAAAUUGGAAAUAUAUGGAGUAUAUGAUUCAGGUUCGAAUGUUUCUCUCAUUAAUUCCAAAUUAUUAAAAUUAAAAACCAAGAAAAAUAAUGCAAAUGAAGAAAAUUUAGUUACAAUUAAUGGUGUGAAGAAGACCAGUGGUUUGACAAAUCUAAAAAUAAAAAUUUUCGAAAAAGAAGAAAAUGUAAAUGUUUACGUCAUUGAUGAACCAAAUUUCAAAUAUGAUUUUUUAAUAGGAUUAGACAUGAUAAAGGCAUACGAGUUGAUACAAAAUGAGGAGUUAAAAAUAACUCAAAAACAAUACUUACAUCAAGAAAACAUAAAACAAGAGGAAGAGAUAUACAAGAAAAAAAUGAAAGUAAAGAAUAUGUAAAGGAAUAUAAGAUUAAUUUUAAUGAACAUAUUAAAGAAAAGGAAUUUGAAAUAAAAGUAAAUCAUUUAGAAGAAGAUAAAAGGGAAAAAAUUUAUAAAUUAAUACAAAAAUAUAAAUCGGUUUUUGCCAAGGAUAAAUACGAUAUAGGAACUGUGAAUGGGUAUGAAGCCAGAAUAGACUUAUUAGUAGAUAAAUACUGCUGUAAGAGGCCUUACAAAUGCACUAUAGAAGACAAAAAAGAAAUAGAAAAACAAAUAGCUAACCUACUAGACAAUAAACUUAUAGAAGAAUCAUACAGUCCAUUUGCGGCACCGGUGACAUUAGCCUUUAAAAGAGAAGAAAAUAAGAAGUCAAGAUUGUAUAUUGACUUCAGAGAACUAAAUAAAAUAGUGGUACCUCAAGCCCAACCAUUCCCUUUAAUUGAAGAUCUAAUGGAAAAAACUAGAAAUUGUAUGUAUUUUACAGCUUUAGACAUAAAUUCUGCAUUUUGGGCUAUUCCUUUACGAAUUGAAGAUAGAAGAAAGACAGGAUUUAUAACACAAGAAGGACAUUUCCAAUGGACUUGUUUGCCAUUUGGAUUCAAGACCUCACCAGCAAUUUUUCAAAGAAUACUCAGUAGUAUACUAAGAAAAUACAAUCUUACAAGCUUUACAGUAAACUAUAUUGAUGACAUAUUAGUUUUUUCUCGGAAUUUUGAAGAACAUGUAAACCAUUUAGAACAAC